UGGCCGAAUAAGAAGCUAACUUCAGCCUCGUUGAUGUUAGGGAGUCCUUGAGGACCGGAUUGGGGACGCUGGCCUAGCCUGUACAAUGCGGACACUGUAUACGCUGGGCUGCCUGUGUGUCAGAGAUAAUCACAGAGCUCACACAGCGGCCUGCCCUCCGUAGCUGCUGUCCUAUACAGCCAUAUACACGGCUCGGCUGCGAUCUCUCCAUGACACGGCCGUGCGGCGGGAGGAGUGAGACGGGUUGCAGCAACGUCCCUGUCUGCGGCCUGCCCACCGCACCCGAUCCCCGCCCCUCGCUUGGCUGGGCCGCGGAAGUAGUAGGACAGACGUGGCGGCGCCCUGUUCGCGCUGGUGACGGCCCCGGGGUGUGAUGAGGAGAAGGGCCGUCCUGCCCCUAGCGGGCUUGGGCCGCCCAUCGGCCGUAUAAGCGGGAUGCAGAGGCCGGGCUGGCUGCACGCUAAGCGGCUGCUCUGUCUGAUGGGCCGGAGGCCAGAGCUGCUGUGCGGGGCCAUAGCGCUGAGCUGCGUUCUUAUCGUUGCUCUCCGGUUCACCUGCAGUCGAGCUAAAGAUGUCGUCAUGCCAGCAAAGCUGCCCGUGCACUUUUUCUCCAGCCAUUCACCAGUGGUGGAUCUCUUCCUUGGCCAGCUGGAUUAUGCAGAUCACAUUCGCCAGGACUCUGAGAUAACCUUAUUCUUCCUGUAUGCGCCCUGGUGUGCCCAGUCCAUUGCUGCAAGGGCAGAGAUUGAGCAGGUGGCUAAUAAGCUUGCAGACCAGGUGCUCUUUGUGGCUGUUAAUUGCUGGUGGCACCAGGGCAGGUGCAGGAAGCAAAGAAGUUUCUUCUAUUUCCCAGUGAUUAACCUGUAUCAUAAGAGUUUUGGACCCAUUGAAUAUAAAGGACCAUUGACGGCAGGAUAUAUUGAGAAGUUUAUACGCCGGGUAAUGAGUCCCAUUUCAUAUAUUGCCUCUGUGGAAAGGCUAAAGGAUUUCCUAUCCAACUACCAGCCUGGGGUCCUUGGCUUUUUUGAGUUCAAUGCCUCGCCUCAACCUCCAGGCUAUUUGACCUUCUUCAGCUCUGCACUGCACUCAUUACAAAAAGAUUACAUAGAAACAAUCCGAUUUGGGAUUAUCACUGAUCGAAAGCUAGCAAAAGAAAUCUCUCUCACCAGUCCUGGAAGUGUUUACUUGCACCGAAACCUAAAUUCUUCCUUAAUCUACCCAGACAAAGAAAUGAACUUCACAGCUGCAAAUAUCUGCAAGUGGGCACUAGACAAUCGUGAGACAGUGCUGCACUGGCUGCGUCCUCAUGGUGGCAAAAGUCUGCUGCUGAAUAAUGAGCUGAAGAAAGGACCUGCUCUUCUCCUCUUCAUGCCCUUUAACCCACUAGCUGAAACACAACCACUACUGGAUGAGAUUAUGAAAGUUGCCCUGAAUUACAAUGGCUGCACACAAAGCUUCUCUACUGCGCACAUCCUUCAGGAGUCGGGUUCUGGAUUCCAUCUGGAUUCCUUGUUAAAGAAGUCAUCAUCAUUUAUAGCAGAGGCUUCAAGGCCAUUCCCUUGUUGUAACACGGUUAUCCUUCCUCAGUGGCAUUUUCUGUCCAGGGUUCAAUAUGUCUGUGAGCUGUGCGUUAAGCAGACAAGGGAAAUUACCCUGAGCAGGUUACCUCCUUGUAACUUUCUGGACAUCACAACAGCCUUAGAGUCUUACUACCUCAAAGAACAAUUCUUCAUGAACUUCAUGUCUACUGUGAGAGAGUGCAGCAACUUUUUACAUUUCUAUAGUCCCUAUUCCUACUACACUGUAUGUUGUCAGACCGUUAGUAGAGGACUUGUUGCUGCCAACCAGGACAAUGUGUCCUUUGCACUUUCUUCCCAUGGGAAGGUCCAUAGUGGACAGUCUCCCCAUAUAGUGCCUCACAUUGAGGAAAAGAGAGACCUAGCUCACAGCUAUAAUUUCAGCAAUGGCCAUAUUACUGGCCUCAGGCGCAGGACCAAUAAGACCUUAAACCUGUAUCUCUUGGAUUCCAAUUUGUCAUGGUUGUAUGCCGAGAGACUGGGAGCUUCUGGAUCUGGCCAGGGGAGAAUGUUUGCAACCAUCAUUGAUUUGAAAGAAGAAGUCCAUUAUAUCAUAAACCAGAGUCAACCUCUCAUCAGACCUGCUUUAGAGGAUUUUAUCCAGAAUUUCAGCAAAGUUUACAGCCCACUGCGGAGACAUCUGGUCAGUGACCCGGCUCUCGGCAAGCUAAAACACCAACUAAUCACAGAAGUGACAUCAAGCACUUUCCAUCAUAUUGUUCUGGAACGCAGAAAGGAUGUAUUGUUGCUGUUUUACACAACCUGGUGUGGUUUCUGUGCCACUUUGAAUCAUAUUUUUAUCCGUCUUACUCAGCUUCUGGCUACGGACAGUCUCAUUGUAGCUAGGAUAAAUGUUGCACAGAAUGAUCUUCCUUGGGAGUUUAUGGUGGACCAUGUUCCCACAAUCAUGCUUUUCCCUCAGAACAGGAAAGAUCACAGUGUAGUGUAUCCUGAAGAUCGGCAAAUCACUGUUCCAAAUCUUCUGAAGUUUAUCCUAAAAUACGCCACCCUGCCUUCCACUGAAGCUGAUCCACCUGCCUCCUGCCCAAUGCACUAUCUACAAUACAAAGAAGAUCACGUUUCUUAUUUGGAGCGAGAAAUACAAAGACUGCGGGCUGAAAUUGUAGUCUUACACAAGGCCCAGGGUCAGCUGGCAGAAAGGAUUUCAGAAGUGAGAAAAGAUACACAAGACCUUAAAGUCCAAAAACGGACGCUAGAACAACACAACAAAGCCCUGGAGGAUCACAUGGAACAGUUGCAAGCUCUGUGCGAACAAAAAGUUAGGGAGGUGGGCACGAUGGCGGACAAGAUGAAGGAGCUGGUAGCAGCUUCUGAAAGUCUUCUGGCAGAAAAUACACUACUCAAGUUUAUUAUGGUAUCACUGGAAGCCAAACACAAAGCUAAUGCAGAGACAGAAAGGUUUGAUAACCUUGAGGAUGGAAUUCGGCCAAGCACUGAUGUUUCUGAAGGACUAUCCGAUAGCUCCAACACAGAGUAUAAUAAAGAAAAUAAAACGGACUGAUUUUUUUUUUAGCAGAAGUAUUUGUCAAAUUAUUUAUACAGAUUUUCAAACUUGUAAAUUUAGAUCAUUUCUGAAGGUCAGGAAUCAAAACUUCUAUUUUUUAACCGCCUCUAGUUUCUAAGAAAAAGUUCCAUUAGUAAGUCUGCGUUUGUUCUGGCAAAAGUUUGAUGACUGCUUUGAAAUUAAUUAAAUCCAUGUUGCCUGA